CGUCUCCCACUAAUCUCGUACAUUCACGUUCAGCGUUACACAAGUUGGGUUCAGUUCGGCUCGGUGAUCAUUUCCAGGCGCGGUCGGGGCCGACAAAGAUGACAGGAAGCUCUGCGACCAAGCUGUUGAACGGAGGAGUCUGCCACAGGAGCGUAAACGGGAAAAACGCCAGUAAAAAUGGCUUCGUGAAGAACCACUGCCUGUUUGAACAGCCGCGGAAGUACCGCCGCCCCGGGGAGAAGAACCAAAAUGCCACGCACAAUUCCAGCUUGUACAAGAAGCCGUUUGCUGAAUCGUUUGAAGAGACGCCCCUCCUGGUCGCCGUCCUCACCUAUAUGGGUUACGGCAUCCUCACCAUAUUCGGCUACCUCAGGGACUUCCUCCGCCACUGGAACAUCGAGAAGUGCCAUGUGGCCCGCGAGAGAGACGAGCAGAAGGAUUUCGUCCCUCUUUAUCAGGACUUUGAGAACUUUUACACCAGGAACUUGUACAUGAGGAUCCGAGACAACUGGAACCGGCCGAUCUGCAGUGUUCCCGGUGCCAAAGUGAACCUGGUGGAGAGAGUUACUCACAACUACAACUGGACGUUCGAGCACACGGGCAAAGUGGUGAAAGAAGUCAUCAACAUGGGCUCCUACAACUACCUGGGCUUCGCUGAGAACGUCGGGACUUGUGCCGACGCUGCUGUCGAAGCCACACACAAGUACGGAGUCGGCGUGGCGAGCACUCGCUGUGAGAUGGGGAACCUCGACAUCCACGAGGAGCUGGAGCAGCUGGCUGCCAGGUUUCUGGGCGUCGAGUCCUCCAUGUCCUUCGGCAUGGGCUUCGCGACAAACUCAAUGAACAUUCCUGCCCUCACGGGGAAGGGUUGCCUCAUCUUGAGCGAUGAGCUGAAUCACGCGUCUCUGGUGCUCGGUGCUCGGCUGUCGGCCUCCACAAUCCGAGUCUUCAAACACAACAACAUGCAGAGUCUGGAGAAGCUGCUGAGAGACGCCAUCGUUCACGGACAGCCCAGAACACACAGGCCGUGGAAGAAAAUCCUCAUUGUGGUGGAAGGUAUAUACAGUAUGGAGGGGUCCAUCGUACGUCUGCCGGAGGUCAUAGCUCUGAAAAAGCGUUACAAGGCGUAUCUGUACUUGGAUGAAGCUCACAGCAUCGGCGCCCUUGGACCCAACGGGAAAGGAGUAGUGGAUUACUUUGGCCUGGAUCCCAGAGACGUCGACAUCAUGAUGGGAACGUUCACCAAGAGCUUCGGGGCUGCUGGUGGAUACAUCGGAGGCAGAAAAGAUCUGAUCGACUACCUGCGCUGCCACUCUCACAGCGCCCUCUACGCCACCUCCAUGUCCCCUCCUGUGGCUCAGCAGAUAAUCACCUCUAUGAAAAUUAUAAUGGGAGAGGACGGGACCUCACUGGGAGCGAGUCGCCUCCGACAGCUUUCAGAAAACACAACCUACUUCCGCAGGAGACUCCGCGAGCUGGGCUUCAUCAUCUACGGCAACGACGACUCGCCCGUCGUGCCCCUGAUGCUUUACAUGCCCGCCAAAAUCGGGGCCUUUGGCCGCGAGAUGUUGAAGAGGAAUAUCGGUACGGUGGUCGUCGGCUUCCCGGCAACACCCAUCAUCGAGUCGAGGGCGCGCUUCUGCGUCUCAGCCGCUCACACCAGGGAGAUGCUCGAUACAGCGCUGGGGGCCAUCAGCGAGGUGGGCGAGCUGCUGCAGAUCAAGUACUCCCGACGGCAGCAGCCUCUCCCCUCGUUGGGGUGGAUGUCCGAGGAGAGCCUGCUGCAGGACUGAGCCACGUCGUCUCCGCCCUCCUGCCACCUUACUGUACUUUCCCCUUCUUAUUUUUUUAUUUUUGUGUCAGAAGUCUCUUUAACCCCCUCCCACCCCUGUCCCCGUCCCUCCACACCCGUCUCCCCAGGCAUGUGGUCUCCCCGACCUGACCAGAUAACUCACUCGUUUCCCUGGCAGGACCACAAAAAGUCUCGUCUGCCGUCGCAAAAGUGCUUUCUUGACUUGUCUUGCCUUAUCCUGAAUGCGUUUUUUUCUCACGCCAAGUCUUACUGUUUUUGUGUACACACUGAAUGUGUAUUUUAUUUGUGCAAUAAUAACAACAACAAUGUGGAAUUUCUUUGUAAUCCAAACAACUCUGAGCUGAAGUGAGCAGAGCUCUGCCUUGAGUUCUGAUCACAGCCGACGCAUCGCAAGAGGAAAACAUGAUUAAUGUAAAUAUUAUUUAUCACCAUGUUUAUAGCACUGCCUUAGGGUGGAAUCCCAAACCUCAAACAGACACAUUAUCGAUCAGCCUUUUCCGCAUCACUUUUACUUGAAUAUAGAUUAUUGUUUCCCUAACCAAAGGCUAUAUAGCUAUAUAUAUAUAUAUAUAUAUAUAUAUAUAUAUAUAUAUAUAUAUAUAUAUAUAUAUAUAUAUAUAUAUAUAUAUAUGGAUACAUUUUCUAGCUUUUUUUGUUUUUUGUUUCUCUGUUUCUUAAAAUGCAAAACAGAUGUUUCAAAGGAAAAGGCGUAACGUGUAACGGGGAAAGAAUUCAAGGGAGUCGGACUGAAUAUUUUUUUACUGCUCAUUUUCUAGAAAUAGUUUUCAGCCUUAUUUACUGUUUACACCUGCACUCAAAAGUUUGAGCCUAAUGUCUUUAACAUUUCUAUAAGCUAAUGAGCAACAUGUGUGAUUUUCUUCCUCUUUUUUUCUCUACUUCUCUCUCGCUCUUCUCAUUUAUUCUCACUCAAGUGCUUUCAUGUGAAUCAGUGAUCUGAGCACGAUUACAUGCUGUAACUUGGAUCUGUAUGCAUGAAGAUGCUGCCGCCACACUCAUCUGACGUACAGACGGCUUUAUUUAUUUGAAAUGAGCUUGUGUCCUUUCACAAUAUAUUUUUGGAUAAAUGAUUACCUGAAAGGCAGCUUCAAAUGAGUGGAGAGUGUAUUACAACUGACUACUUUUGUCUUAAUUUCGGCACUGCCGCGCUGACGGGCUCUUUACACGCUCACAUGAAGCAGGCAGUGAAACUUGGGUGGGGAAAAAUGUUUGAAUAUUCUCAGAAAUAUAUAUAUAUAUAUUUUUUUUUUUGUCCACGGUGCAUCAUCUGUGAUCAUCCUCUGGAAUGACAUUCCAUAUCACGAGCUUUCGGUGAUGAGUUUCUGUUUUCUGUCUUGCUUUUUCCUGGCCUACAGGCCACGGUCAAACGUGCUCCUUUCAAGUGUUCUCACGUCCUCUCACCGUGUCGGUGUGCAUUUGAGGACAAGUCACUGCAGUGGGUUGGAAAGCUGGUCGUUGUCUGACCAUGUGCCCAUUCCCACAAAUGUUCACACUGGUUUAAAAGAAAAAGAAAAAAAAAAAAAAAAAGUUGGGGGUGUGUGGUGUUUUUGGCAUUUGAGCACAGCAUGACGGCUGUUUGCGUCCUCUCUACAUUCACUACACGUUGACACUUUGAGGAAGGCAUUCCGAUUAUUGUAAUUUUAUUUUUUUUCACAGUCGUGGUUUUAAUGUAAAGUUUGUGUUGCAUUUGCUUUUAAUAAAUGACAUUUAAAAU